AUGAAAUUUUUGCUUAUUCCUGCCACCAUUUAUUUUUUUGUAACAGGAUGGUACUUGUUCAUUGAAGCUAAAUUGCCAUAUUAUCCUUUUUAACAUAUGCUUGAGUUUACUCCAAAUGUAUAAUAAAUAAGUCUAAAUCAUUUAGCAUGCUAUCUAGGCAUUGUUCACAGUUGCAUUAGGCUUAUGUAUAGUGAUUGAUAUUAAAAAGUUUCUUAUGGCUUUUGUAUUAAUUGGUGUUGUAGAUCUCUCAUUGAUUAUUCGUUAUUGUGUUAAAUUAGAAAUGCAGGAACUUAGUGAAGGCUUAUAGCAGUAUUAAUAUUAAAAAUAGUUUAAAGUAUUGGAUAUAAAAUAAUUUUAUUGGGAAUCAUAAUUGAAGCUAUGAGAGAUGCAGUCAUUUAUGAAUAACCUGAAAAAAAGAAGAAAAAGAAGAGAAAAGUAAAGAAAAUGGUUGAAAUUGAAGUAGAAGAAGAGGUUGAUGAAGAUGAAGUAGAUGAAACAUAAAAACUUAAUACUAAAUAACCAGAAGAAUCCAAAACAUCUCCAACAAAAAAAAAAGAGAAAAAAAGCAAAAUGUGAU